UAGAGUUAUUAAAAAUUGGAGUAUUAGUACAAAUUAGAACCUCACGUGAAUUUGAUUUGGUUUUCUUUCCCUCCAAACACCUUCGCGAACCAAACCAACCCAUGAGCCAUUAACGAAGAGUCGAGGACCAAACGCUUCCCACAAAACUAAAUGGCAUCGACCUCUUCUUCUCGCAACAAUGGCUGUGCCGGAAGAAUCAAAUCUUCUGCUUCGACGCUUUACUCCGACAAUCAGUCUCUCAUUACUGAAAUCCGAAAAGCUAUAAUCACGAUGAAGGAAGUCGCGGUUGAUUUGGAGACAGAUAAUCAGUCCCAAAUGGUGAAGGAACUUGAAGAUGGCGUUAUCCAGUUGUUGGAAACUUCUGAAGAUUGUAUGCAUUUUUCCUCAGUAAUUCAAUUGGUUGGAAAUGGUUACCAGCCUAGAGAAGAGCUAACCGAUUUUAACAAGUUGUUUGAUGACGAGGUUGCAAAGUCCAAGGCUAGUUCAUCCGCGGUUCCACAAAAUCUUCCAAUUUUACGUCAAUUUAGGGAAGCUAUCUGGAAUGUUCAUCAUGCAGGACAGCCGAUGCCAGGUGAAGAGCAGGAGGAUAUUGUAAUGACCAGUACACAGUGUAACCUUCUGAAUAUGACUUGCCCAUUAAGUGGAAAGCCUGUUACUGAGCUGUCAGAUCCAGUUCGCAGCAUGAACUGCAAGCAUAUAUAUGAAAAAAAGGCUAUCAUGCACUACAUAAGGUCCCAGAAUACGCUAUGCCCUGUAGCAGGUUGCCCCAAGAUUCUGCAGGCAGAAAAUGUGGUGUGCGACCCAUUGUUACUUGUUGAAAUUGAAGAAAUGCGCUCAAUGAGCAAGCAAACUGCUAUGCCUAAUGUGAUAGAAGAUUUCACUGAGUUUGACGAAGACGACAACUAAUAAGGGUUUCAACUACAGGUAAGCUUUCAACGUGAAAUCAAGACCAUGAAACGAUCACUUCAGCUCCUGUACUAAUAGGCUAUUCUUUCUUUUAUGAUUCGGAGAAACGUAUUUUUACCCCACAUCUCCAAAAAGAAAAUCCCUUUUUUGCCCUCUUCUGGAAUCUGCAAUAUAGUGUAUCUUCAUCUUUAGUUUUCUUCUUUGUAUAUUUUGCAUAUGUAAUCAAACUCAAAAGUUGGAUGAGUUGAAUUUCUGAUUUUUCAGUAA